CAGCCACCCCCCCCCUCCUCUCCACACGCCUCUGUCUUGCUUGCUCCAUAGAGGCGAGGAAGCGGGAGCGGCGCUGGGGGUGGGCAACAGUGGCAGCGCCAUGGCCGGGCCCCUCCGAAGUCUCCGGCGGUUGCCUGCCCUGCUCUGUCGGCCCCCCUGGCAAGCCCCUCCGAGGCCCAGGCCCCUCCUGCUGCUGGGCUCCCAAGAGGGCCGGACCCUCGAGACCCCACAAGUCAGGACCCUGGCCACAAAGAAGGCUAAAGCUAAAGGGAAAGGUCAGGUCCGCGUCAACAUCAACACCGCCUUGGUAGAGGACAUCAUCAGCCUGGAAGAGUUAAACGAAGAGAUGAGCUCGGUGGUCAAAACCCUGCAGGAAAAUUUCAACAAAACUUUGAGCAUCAGAACCAACCCAGGGGCUCUUGAUUCGAUCAUCGUGACCACCAAGGAUGGGAAAUUUCCAUUGAACCAGCUUGCACAAAUCUCCCAGCAUUCGGCACAACUCCUUGUGGUCAACAUGAGCAGCUUUCCAGAAAGCACAGCUGCGGCCGUCAAGGCGAUCCAACAGAGCGGGAUGAAUCUCAACCCGGAAGCGGAUGGGCUGUUGAUUCGCGUGCCAGUUCCCAAAAUCACCCGCGAACACAGGGAGAACCUGGCCACGGUCGCCAAGCAGCUCACCCACAAGGCCAAGGAGUCCCUGCGCAAAGUGCGCACCGGGGCCAUGAACCAGACGAAGAAAGCCAAAAGCACCACGUCGGAAGACACCAUCCGAUUGAUAGAGAAGCAGAUUCAGCAAAUGACCGAGGAUGCCACAGUCGAAAUGGACAAGCUAUUGGCUGCAAAGACGAAGGAGCUGCUUUCCUAGGGUCUCUCUCUCUCUCUCUCUCUCUCUCUCUCUCUCUCUCUCCCUCUCUCUCUCUCUCUCUCAGAGGUCACCACAAGUUGCUUUCUUCUGGCUAAACGGUCGGUAGUGAUUUUUCAACUGCGGGAAGCAACUUUGGGCAGCAAAUCAAAGCUCAGGACCGAGGAAGGGGGUUUAGCCUUGAGGUGGGCCGGAAAAAGAGAGUUUGGCUCCCUGAUGGUUGUUAUCUCAGCUCCAUCGUCGUCAACAGCACAGCGUGGCCCUGUUGCCAUGGGCCCAGAAGCCAUUUAGGAAACAGAAGGAUCACGAACAAUCAUCGAUUUAAUGGUCUGUUGUGCC